AUGAACCCGACGGAUGACAUCGUUUGUCCAAAUUUACCGAGCUUUAUCAGACCUCUUCCCACAAGCUUGGACCAAGCUGAUCUGCGAUAUCUCUAUGAGAAAAAUGCUUUCUCUCUGCCUACCGAUACCUUCCGCGAUGUUUGUCUCGCACGGUACCUCGAGUUCACACAUCCACUCCUGCCAUUGCUGGACAAAGCCCAGGUUUUAUCGAUCUUAGCCAAUGAGAACAAUGGCAAAAGACCAAUAAGCCUUCUUCUGCUCCAAGCCGUCAUGUGCUCUGGGGUGACAUUUGUGGAGAAUGAGAUCAUCAGACAAGAAGGUUUUGAUUGCAAACAAUCAGCUCGUCGUGCAUUCUUCAAUCAGGCUAAAGUCCUCUUCGACUGCAAUACAGAGCCAGACACAUUCACCUCCGUCCAGGCCGCAGUACUCAUGAGUACUUGGUAUCCGGGAAAGGAGAAAAAAGGUCCAUGGUACUGGGCAGGCACUGCCAUUUCCCUGGCCCACUCAAUCGGAUUACACCUCGAGCCUGACGAGUCGCGUUUUGAUCCGCCUGAGCAGCAUCUUCGCCGCCGGGUGUGGUGGUGCAUUUUUGCUCGCGAACAGAAGAUUGCUUUAGCAUUAGGACGUCCAGCGAGGAUAACCUUCUACGAUGUUGCAAUGCUUACACUGAAUGAUUUCGACCAUAAUAUACGUGUCUCGGCUGGUAUCCAUCUACCCAAGGUGAUGCAACGUCUCAGUGCUCUCGAGGACCCUGCCAUACAUAAUGCAUUGGCCAGACUGUGUAUAGAACACAUGAAGCUGUGUGUCUGUAUUUCUCGUUUCCUAACCACGACUUUCAAAAUCCGCCAACAGGUGGAAGGCAGUAAUCGAGAGGAUUAUCACGAGUACUCUCCUCCAUCCCCAUCUAUCCGCCUCGACCGCUGCGUAGAAGAUUUCGCCAGAUGGUACAAUGAAAUACCUCUUGACCUGCGCUAUGAAUCCCAUGGCGUAAUCUCAAACCAGCAGAAUACCCAGCAGGGCUGUAGCCUGAUCGUGCACAGAGCCACCGUCCAUGUCGUUUACUAUGUAGCACUCAGUGCACUAUACCGCCUCAAAGCCCUAUCCCCUAUCUCGACCUGGUGCAAUAUAUACGGGAAGCUGCAGGAUUCGUCCCAGAGCAUACUUCGUCAUGCCGCCUGGGAGCUGACAUGCAUCAAUCGAGGUCUUUACCAGUCCGGCCUGUCAUCAUACUCAUCGACGACGGCCGUCGGCAGCGCUGUUGCGGCUGUCCUAAUACAUCUACUUGAUACCAAGUCACCAAAUGAGGCUGUCAAACGUGCUGCUAUCCAGGGUAUCCAGGAGUGCAGACGGUUUUUGCUUUCUCUGGGGGGCGCUUAUGGGACCGAGGCUGAAGCGUUGGAGUAUCUGAGAGCAGCUGAACAGCAUGAGGCUGAUCUAUCUGUCUCUGAGGAGCAGCAGCAGCAGCAGCAAACAGCGGGUAUAAGGCAUUUCAUAGCCCAAAACCCAGGGAAAGUCGUCCAGCAACUUGGUGAGCCCAGGGUUGGCCCAACUCUGACGAUGCCGCGGAAUUUGCCCCCCAUAGCUGCGGAGAUCCAAGAAGCUUGUGGGUUGGAAUUUUCUCCUCUCAUAGAGACCAACGAGACCUUCUGGCAAUCGUGCUUCGAUGAUAUACCCAGCUAUGAUGUAUUCGGUUUCGGAUUGCCCCAUUUCAAUCAAGGAGUCUCCCCCAGCGGCUCAGGGGGGCUCAAUGUGUCUCAUAUUUCUCCAGAGAGCUGA